CCACUAGUAUCUAUUGAUAAGACGUCGCUUUUUUUUUAUACCUUUACGAAGAAUGCAAUGCAAUCCGCGGCGCAGAUUAAAGUAAUAGUCAUAGUGAUUAAAGUAAAAGCGACGGUCGCGUCAGUAAUCUCAUCAUGCAGAACGAUCGAGGUAACGGAAUGUGGAAGAUGCAGAAGAACAUGUUAACCACGUUCGCGGCGGAGAUCGUCGGCACAGGUAUUCUCUUACUCAUAGGGUGUAUGGGAGGCGUCGGCACCAUGGGACCUGCACCACCUCCACCGCUACAAACGGCACUCACCUUCGGUCUGACAGUGAAUCUCGUAAUUAUGAUGAUAGGUCACGUAAGUGGUGCUCAUCUUAAUCCGGCUAUCACCAUUGGUGCUGUCAUUAUGGGCCUGAAAUCAAUUCCGACCGGAGCGGUUUACAUUCUGGGACAGCUUAUCGGCGCCACCGUGGGAUAUGGAACUUUAAAAAUGAUAACGCCAGCGGAAUUGUUCAACGACGGGAACCCAAAUUCGACUGUCGGUCUUUGCGUUACAACAGUUCACCCAGGGAUUAAUUGCGUGCAAGGUUUAUUAAUCGAGGUGUUUUGCACGUUUUGCUUACUUUGCGCAGCUUGCGCAACAUGGGAUCCUCGAUGCGCUCACAUUUCGGAUUCGGUCGCCCUCAAAUUUGGUUUAUCAGUCGCCACCCUUUCUUUCGCUGCGGGUCCUUACACUGGAUGCAGUAUGAAUCCAGCACGAACAUUCGCGCCUGCACUUUGGAAUAAUGCUUGGAAGGAUCAUUGGAUUUAUUGGCUUGGUCCUAUUCUGGGAGCUUUAUUUGGAACGUAUGUCUAUAAAGUGCUAUUUGAAGAAAAACAAUUAAACAGAAAAGAAUCCAUCUGCUUGACUAAUGAAAAGACGUUUAAUAUGUUAUCUCAGUUGAGUAAUCAUGUAACAUAAGUAACAUAUAGAUUUAAUAAUAAUAUUUUAUGCACUUGUUAUGCAACUUAUAAGUGAAGCUAUAUACUGGAAAAGGAAUCUUGUUGCUUCAUUUAGAAAUCUAGUAGAUUCAAUCAACACGUCUGUUCAAAAAUGGACGAAUUAGAAAUCUUAUAAAAAUGAUCAAAUUAUAGUAAAGUCUACCAAACGUUCUGAUUAUAAAAUUUCGAGUUUUAUUAUAAUAACUAAAAGUUCUGUUUGAUUUCACCAAAACGUACUCAAUCAUGUGUCUUGUUGAUGUAAUAAACUCAUUUUUCUCAGUGUAGUAUAUUUAAAUUUUCAAUAAUAUUUUACAUAAUAAACAAUUACAUAUAUAAUUAUAA